AUGCAAAUUUUCCACUACGCACGAGACAUUGAGGCUUGUGGAAUUCUCGCCAACACAGCCGACGAGGUAUCUGCCACUCUGCGCCUUCAAUUGCGGACUUUGGAUGAUGCGAAGAAGAUCUCAAAAUCCAUGCCAAUCCUGCUGGAAGGCACAGAGAAAACAUUGAAGGCUGUACUGAAAUCGCUUUCAUCACUUUCACGAAUGGAGACGGAUGACGAAGAUAUAAAAGCCGGCAUUCAAACUUUACUUGACAAUCAAGUUGCAGAAACCCACGGCAAAGAGAGAAAUGAGUUGCUACAAUGGAUAUCCAAACUCGACUUUUCAUCAAAGCAGACAGACAUACUUCGUCGUCGUUCACCUAAUACCGGCACCUGGCUACUCGAAGACGAGAAUCUUCAGCAGUGGUCAGCUCCGCGCUUUCUUGGCCAAGAUCGGAAAAUUCUCACCACAGAGCAAAUGAUCGCAAUGAUCCAGCUCUUGUGCAAGAGCUUCCGCAGAACAUUCUUGAUUGUGGAUGCGCUAGAUGAGGGUUUUGGACUCGAUGACCAUUCCGACGAAGUCAGAGCCAGGAUGGUCUCUUCGAUACUCAGGAUUUCCAAGAGCGCACAUAUCUUUGUUACCUCUCGCCCUAACGUAAAUGUGGCCGCAGAGGUUCCGGGUUGCACAACCUUAAAGAUCCAAGCCAAAGAUUCGGACUUGCGUUCUUAUCUCAAGGCCGGAAAGACUGACCAUACAGCCUUGGGGAGAAUAGUUGACCAGGAUCCUGCGCUGGAGAAGCACCUCGAGGAUACAGUUUGUCAAAAAUUGAAUGGAAUGUUUCUACUCGCGCGCGUCCAGAUUGAUUUGUUAGUACACCAGACCAAGGCACGGAACAUAUACAAGGCUUUGGAUUAUUUGCCGGAGAAGCUGAACGAGACCUUCCACGACGUCCUUGAAAGGAUCAGAAGUCAGCCGCCAGGAUAUUCCACACUAGCAGAACAGGUCAUUUCUUGGAUCUUCUAUGCCAACAGGCCUCUGGGAAUGCCAGAGCUGCGUGAGGCUCUAGCUGUUGAGCCUGGCGACAUGGAGCUCGACCGUUCGGGUUUUUACGAGCCCAGUCUCUUGCUCCUCUUGCUAAACAUAUGCUGUGGUCUUGCGACAGCCGAGAAGGGAGACGGAGUAAUUAGGCUUGUCCAUUACACCUUUCAACAAGUUCUUCUCGCCUUUUGGAAAGAGCGGUGUCCAGAUGCGGAGAUUAAGACGUGGCCACCUGCCAAGAUUGUACUCAUGAUGCAUGAUUGA